CUCAAAUGGAAUCCUCCUCAUUUUCAACCUCGUCUGCGCAGCCCAAACCUGCUGAAAUCGGGCAAACGACAAAGGCUGUGCAAACUAAACUUCUAACAACGGCACCUGACGGUGGAUCAGAGCAUUCUAUUGAAAAAGGUUCAGAAUCAAAAAUGGGGAAACCAGUAAAUUAUGGUGCAUAUUUCGUGGUGUUCUUCUCCGGUCUGACGAGUGUCUCAUUUGGAUUUCUCAGCCUCUUCUUAUUUAUUGCGCUAAGGAGAACAAGGAGAGUUUCGAUGUCAACCACGGCAAGUACUACGCCUCCUUACUAGCAGCCACUGUCG